AUGCCAGUUCUCAGCAACGCUUUUGCUUUGGAAAAGAAGAAAUACAGAGCUCAGCCGGCUGCUCGCUGUCCGAAGGCUUGCAGUUCCCCUGCCUUGGCUCAGCGGGUCUUCUCAUCAGCCGCAGGAGGCCAAGCCCUGUACCUGAAGGGAAAGAUCCAGCUCUAUUUCGCUUGCUUACCAGAGGAAAAGGUUCCUUAUGUUAACAGCCCUGGAGAGAAACAUCGAAUUAAACAGCUUUUGUACCAGUUGCCACCACAUGAUAAUGAGGUGCGAUACUGCCAGUCUCUGAGCGAAGAGGAGAAGAAAGAACUGCAGGUGUUCAGUGCCCAGCGGAAGAAAGAAGCCCUUGGAAGAGGAGCAAUCAAGCUUUUGUCCCGAGCAGUGAUGCAUGCCGUGUGCGAGCAGUGUGGGUUGAAGAUAAAUGGAGGUGAAAUUGCAGUGUUUGCCUCCCGCGCGGGCCCUGGAGUGUGUUGGCACCCUUCCUGUUUUGUCUGCUUCACCUGUAACGAGCUGCUGGUCGACCUCAUCUAUUUUUACCAGGAUGGAAAAAUUCACUGUGGCAGGCACCACGCUGAACUGCUCAAACCACGGUGUUCAGCAUGUGAUGAGAUCAUUUUUGCUGAUGAGUGCACAGAAGCCGAGGGUCGCCACUGGCACAUGAAGCACUUCUGCUGCCUUGAGUGUGAGACGGCCCUGGGAGGACAGAGGUACAUCAUGAAGGAUGGCCGCCCGUUCUGCUGCGGCUGUUUUGAGUCUCUGUACGCGGAGUACUGUGAAGCCUGUGGGGAGCAUAUCGGGGUUGACCACGCCCAGAUGACGUACGAUGGGCAGCACUGGCAUGCCACAGAAGCCUGCUUUUCUUGUGCCCAGUGUAAAGCUUCUUUGUUGGGCUGUCCUUUCCUUCCCAAACAAGGCCAGAUUUAUUGCUCAAAAACAUGCAGCCUUGGGGAAGACGUCCAUGCCUCUGAUUCUUCUGACUCUGCGUUUCAGUCCGCCCGAUCCAGAGACUCCAGAAGAAGUGUCCGGAUGGGCAAAAGCAGUCGGUCAGCCGAUCAGUGUAGACAGUCUCUUCUCUUGUCUCCUGCUCUGAACUACAAGUUUCCUGGCCUGUCAGGCAAUGCUGAUGACACCCUUUCUCGGAAGUUGGAUGAGCUGAGUCUCUCUAGGCAGGGAGCAAGUUUUGUCAAUGAAGAAUUUUGGAAAGGCAGAGUGGAGCACGAAACCCCAGAAGAGCCUGAAGAAUGGGCCGAGCAUGAAGAUUAUAUGACACAGCUCCUCCUCAAGUUUGGUGAUAAAAGCCUCUUUCAGCAGCAGCCCAAUGAGAUAGAUAUUCGAGCCAGUGAGCAUUGGAUAUCUGAUAACAUGGUUAAAAAUAAGACCGAGUUAAAGCAAAAUAACCAGAGCCUUGCAAGUAAAAAAUACCAAUCUGAUAUGUAUUGGGCACAGUCCCAAGAUGGACUGGGUGAUUCUGCUUAUGGCAGCCACCCAGGCCCUGCAAGCAGUAGAAGGCUCCAGGAGUUAGAUCUGGACCACGGGGCUGCAGGAUAUAACCAUGAUCAAACACAGUGGUAUGAAGAUUCCCUGGAGUGUUUGUCAGACUUGAAACCAGAGCAAAGUGUUCGAGAUUCUAUGGAUUCUUUGGCUUUAUCUAAUAUCACAGGUACGUAAUCUAGGGAUUAUGGGGUAUUUAGAAAAAAG